AUGGAGCUAUGUAGAGCGCCGAGCUCACCUCAAGGACUGCGCAAGACGUGUGACCAUUGCAGGAAGCGCAAGAUCAAAUGCUCGAAUGAGACUCCAUGCACCCGUUGCCAGAGAUUUGGGUUGCUUUGUCGAUACUCUCCUACAAGACCUAUCGGUCGCCCGUCAAAGCGACAAGCCACUCCACCAUCCAACCCGAGAUCAACUUCUCUAUGUCCACAAAGCUCUGGCCUGUCUUCAUUCUGCCGCAAUGAACCUUCAGAGUUUGAGCAUCUCAAUGUACCAGGAGGUCUCGCCGACGACGCCAUGACCCUGGAUGCCUUGGGUGCUCCAAUGACUUUCCCGACCCCCCCGGACGACCUUUCAUGGUCCGAAUGGUCAGCGUUGGAUACAAUCAUCAACAAUGCGCAUCCAUUCGCUGGUUCGUGCCAGGAUCAGCUUCUUCAAGUGCAUAAUAAGCCGCGAGGAGACGGCUGCAUCAGUAAUGCCGACGAGGCACUAUCACAAGUACACGAGCACACGCACGCAGAUACGCAAUGCCAAUGCGGAAAGUUUGUCAAAGAUCACAUGAACACGAAGAAGACCGACAUCGACGACCUUUUGGAGUUCAUCAUGGCACAGCGGAAGUCGAGGGAUCUGGCACAACAGGUACUGACUUGUACUAGCUGCGGCAAUCUCGACAGUCUACCUAGCCAGGUUGCAGGGAAUGUGCUCCUCUUCGGAGCAGUCAUGAUGGACGCCCUCUUGUUGUAUCAGAAAUUCACCCGGGAGCAGAGGCACCGUGCGCUUGCCUCGCCCGAUGACCAAUGCGCCAAGAAAAUCUAUCUGGCUUCCACGGGUCCCGGCUGCCAACAGCUUGAUUUCCAACUCGAGCAACGGCAUGCUUGGCCUCUCGCAAAGGCGCUGCUGCGGAUCGAAGUUGACCAACUCAAUCGUAUGUGCACUGCCUUUGUCGCGCGGCAAUGGCAGGUUCACGAAAAGGGGCACGAGAUGUGCUCCUCCGGUGCAGUAUGCAAGAAGCCCAAGUCUCCAACACCGUCGUUUCCAGCAGACUCUUGCCCUCGUAGCAUCGAGCCCACGGCAUUCUUCAAUUGCUUCCGCACGGCAAAGCACCUACAGUCUCUCAUCGAGAGUGUCCAGAAGGACCUGGAAUGA